AUGCUGCCAAUAGAGAUCUUGGCCGAGAUCCUCCUUGUCGUCCAAGCAUGCAUAUUCGCCCUCCCUGAAUCGAAAGGGAUGGCGCGCCGCUGGAUUGCGGUUUCGUCGGUCUGUGCCCACUGGCGAGCUCUCGUGGUCUCAAACCCGUCAUUUUGGCGCUCAAUUGCGGUCCAGCGCGCACCGGAACUCCUGUCUCUCUCCCUCGAGCGCACGAUCUCGGGCCUUCCCCUCUCUAUCUCCUUCGCGGAUGCAUGGUUUCCUUGGUCAUCCCUCCCGCUCAUACUGAAGGAUCGGGCCACUGACAUUCGUUCUCUGCGUUUCGAGCGGACGCGCAAGAGCUUCCCACGCUAUCUCGCGAAAAUCCUCAGCAACUGCCCAAUGCCCGUGCUGGAUAACUUGUUCAUUGCUUGUGAAGACCACUACCCAACCCCCCUGUUACCGCUUAUACACGAGAACCUUCCUUCCCUUCGCUCGCUGUCCAUGCGCGGCCUGGAACCCACUGCCGGCGAUACCUGCUUCUCCCGCCUCCAACGUCUAACGAUGUGCGAAACCACAUGUUUCGACUUCGCUGCCUUGUUGAACGUCCUCGCGACAUGUACCCACAUCGACGAACUGGACUUAGAACGUUCGGUGCAGGACUGGGAGGAGUGUAACUGGGAGCACCUUCAACCGUGGAAUGCCGGUGGAGCAAGCCGGCCGGUUGUGUCACUCCCUCGGGUGCGAACUCUCCGUCUCGCAGGAUACUACUACGAAGGGGCCGCUAUCCCACUUUCGUAUCUUCGCUUCCCGAACGCGACGGACAUCACGAUCGUCAGCCUCACCAUGUGGACAGAUGAGCCCCUACACAUCGCCAACAUGUUGCCCAGAAGCCCACAAGACACCUUCGCGGCUCUGAAAACGAUCACAUCGGUCGACGUCGUCGUCUUGGAGAGCGCCUACAAGAUGCACAUGCGGGGCCCUCAAGGCACGACCGUCGUGCUAUCCCUAGUUAGCCCUAAAAACAUAGACUGGGAAGAGACCGAAGCUGCGUGCGCCGUCUUGGCGCUCCCUGGACUAUGUCGCGGGGCGCCGAUCACGUCUCUGCACUUUACUGGUAGGUUCACCGACGCCACGGAAUUCACCGACGCCGAUCAGCUCUGCCAGCUGGUAACGUCAGUCGACCCCGAAGCACAACGCUGGAUCACGCUCUUCAAGGAGUUUGGUUCGCUCGGCACACUGCAUAUCACCAAGGCGGGACUGUGUAGGUCGAUGUGGGCAGGGCUUUGGGCAGCCUCCAAGCUCUUUGGCAAACAGUGCUGUAGCUCCCUGCGCUCGGUCAUCUUGGACGGGUUUACGAGUUUCGAAGGUUCCUAUUCGUAUGACGGUCUGGCAAAAGACUUCGAGUCGAUGUGGAAGACACUCAACUUCCGUGCACAGUCGGGCCUACGCCUUCACGCGCUCACGCUGGACGUAUCCAUAAGCAAUCGCAGCGCUGGCAAGGACGACCAAAGAGACAGCUAUCUCCACAAACUCGAGGAUUUGGUUGCCGACUUGAGGUUCUUCCCACAACAUCUGUUCGGAGACGAUUGGAGGGACGACGACGACUACUACCGCAGGGGAAUUGGUGAAGUCGAGAGCGGCUGGCGGUCCUUAGCGGCGUUCGACUCGCGGACGUUUGACAUGCACUACGGGGCGCUGUUAGUGGCGCUCAUGGACACCUAUUUUGGUUUGCACAAGGAGGGGUGA